GCCGUAAUAAUUCCUACGGCAUUUCUGUGCUCAAUGGUGAAAGGUCGCACUGAAAUUAUUCUUUGAAAUAACGGAGUAAACAUUCAGUCUCAGAUUCUGAGAACUUGUUGACAGUGUAACUGUUCAAUUGUUUUCAUUGCGAUUUUUCUGAGUAUUUUUUGUUAGAGCACGCACGAUCAUGGCAUGGGUUCCCAAUUCGCAGUUCGAGGAUGAUCUGGUCGACAUGGAGCCGGAUUUCAAUUUUGUCCAUGGUCAAAUGGCCUACGACAUCAGGAAGCAAGGGGAGUUAUGGCCGCGACCCAAAAGCACAUACGAAUAUCUGAAGUCCCGGGAAAAGAGGAAUUCCGAGCUUGAAAAUCUCCAUGGAAGCAGAGGCGGAUCUGGUCGUGAUAUUCGGGAAAGUCUGCAACUAAUGGAGAACAUCCAGAAGAUAGCAGGCACAAGGCCGCUGGGCGAGCACGCCACAAUGAAAGAUUGGGAGGAUGACAGCACAAAUGAGCUGGAGGCGUUAGCCAUGAUGCGACACUUCGGAAUGAUGUCCAUGGCAACAGAUUCGCUGCACGUUCAGCCUGAAGUAAAACCACCAGAAGGACCCAUUCAAAUUAUAACUAACGGACGGAAGCAAUUUCCACUAAUUACAGACCCCGAAUUCUUUAAACCACGCAAGAUUCCCAGAAAGAAGAAUCCCAGUUCCAGUAGUUCUUAUGCCAGUUCUGGUAGUUUGUAUCAUACUGCCAAUAGUUCAAGCAGUUCCUUCAGCCUAUAUGAAUCUGCCGAGUCAGAUUUGGACAGCAGGCGGGAGCAGGGCGAGAUCGGAGAAAUACCUCGAAAUACCUUACGAACAGCUGGCAGAAAGUUAGGACCAAGACGUGGAAUCGCAAGGAAAAUAUGGAAUCCCAUUCAAUGAAUGAAGGCGGAACCAACAGGAGACAGCAGGCAUAACGAAAUUACUAACCCAAAGCAUUAAGGCCAUGCAAUUAUAAGAACUAAAAAGCAAUCACUUUUUAUAUAUAAGCUUUUGUCACAUGUAAAUAAGCGGCUUAAAUGUCGUUUAGAAAACCGAAUUUAAAUUAUACCCAAUACAGAUAUAGAUUGUUGGCUGCAAAAUUCAAUAUGCAGUUCUACAAAUAGAAAGCAAGAUACCUGAUAUUAUAGGGUAAAUAAAAUAUUUAUCUAUUUUAA